AUGGAAGCUAAAUUUCGAGUGGCAAUCAUAGGUGGAGGAAUAGCCGGGCUUACCCUCGCGUAUGCUCUCGCGAAGUCUCCCAAUAUCGAAAUUCACGUCUAUGAAGCUGCUCACCAGUUCUCUGAGAUUGGUGCCGGUAUUGGCAUGUAUUCCCGCGUUUGGAAGAUAUUAAACGCACUGGGACUGCAUCGAGACCUAGCGGCCCUCACUCAUAUCCCUGAGAGUGCCCUUGAAGGAAGGGUGGAUGAGACCAAGAUGCAUCACUUCUUGUUACGCAAAUCAGACCAGGCUGAAGGGGUCAACUAUCACGUUGCAUACGGACGAGGUGUAUCGCUUCUAUUUCAUCGGGCGCAUUUCCAGCAAGCUAUCCUGAAGAACGUACCUCCCUCGGUCAAAACCCAUCUUUCAAAGCGCCUUGCCUCUCUCGACGAACCUUCAAACAAGGAUGAUCCGAUCGUCCUAUAUUUCACAGACGGCUCUACUGCCACUUGCGAUGUUGCGUUCGGCGCUGAUGGUAUAAAGUCCGCUGUGAGGGCAGCCGUAUGGAAGAAGAAAGUGGAUAGCGCCGCCGCCAGAGGCCAUCACGAACUGGCCGCCCUUCUCACGAAGGAAAUGAAGCCGAUGUGGACGGGCACUGUCGCCUAUCGAGCACUAGUUUCCUAUGAUAUCGUAAAGGAAAAAGCGCCUAGCUAUAAACCAGAGACCCUGGAAUGCGCAAUCCUUCAUUGCGGCAAGAACAAGCACAUCACUGUAUACCCUGUCGCAAACGGCAAAAUAAUCAACAUCGUAGCAUUCUCCUCCAAGCCAGAACUAGAGGGGUCCGACUUUAACGGCCCCACGGUGGCGACGGCCACUAAAGCGGAACUACUGUCAUCGUUCAAGGAGUUCGAGCAGCCACUACAAGAUUUGCUGGCUUGCGUCGAGAGUCCGUCAAGAUGGGCCAUGGAAUUGAUGCGACCCUUGGAAACCUACCUGUCGGAGUAUGGUAGAGUGGCCAUCCUCGGAGACGCUGCCCAUGCGAUGCCCCCACACCAAGGCAGUGGUGCGGGACAAUCGAUAGAGGACGCAUACAUCUUGGCCACCUUGCUCACGCACCCUGGGUGCACCCGAGAGAUGCUCCCUGAAGCUCUCAAGAUUUACGACAGUAUUCGCCGGCCCUUUUCUCAAAGCGUCCUCCAGAGCUCAAAAGAUGUCGGCCUCAUGUACGAGUUCAGUUGGCCAGGCUUUACGGACGAGGAUAUCAUGCGCAAGGCUGCUGAUGGGAGCAUGCACCUCGAUAUAGAGGCGUUACACCGCCUGGGAGAACUUGCAGCGGAGGUACAGGCUUGGUCCUGGCGUAGCACCAUCGAGGACGACCGGAAACAGGCCAUAGAGAUGCUGGAGAAGUCCGUGAAAGAACGGGGGAGCGUCGCAUAA